AUGGAUGCCAUCAAGAAGAAGAUGCAGAUGCUCAAGCUCGACAAGGAGAACGCCUUGGACAGAGCUGAACAGGCCGAGUCAGACAAGAAAGCAGCCGAGGACAAGAGCAAACAGCUUGAGGAUGACCUGUUAGCACUGCAGAAGAAGCUGAAGUCAACUGAGGAUGAGUUGGACAAGUACUCUGAGGCCCUGAAGGACGCCCAGGAGAAACUUGAGCUCGCUGAGAAGAAAGCCACAGAUGCUGAGGCAGAUGUAGCUUCCCUGAACAGACGUAUCCAGCUGGUUGAGGAGGAGUUGGACCGGGCUCAGGAGCGUCUGUCCACGGCGCUGACCAAGCUGGAGGAGGCUGAGAAGGCUGCUGAUGAGAGCGAGAGAGGCAUGAAGGUCAUUGAGAACAGGGCCAUGAAGGACGAGGAGAAGAUGGAGUUGCAGGAGAUCCAGCUGAAGGAGGCCAAACACAUUGCAGAAGAAGCUGACCGCAAAUACGAAGAGGUGGCACGUAAGCUUGUGAUCAUUGAGAGUGACUUGGAACGUACAGAAGAGCGCGCUGAGAUGUCUGAAGGAAAAUGCUCUGAGCUCGACGAGGAGCUGAGAACCGUACAGAACAACCUGAAGUCUCUGGAGGCCCAGGCAGAAAAGUACUCGCAGAAGGAGGACAAGUACGAGGAGGAGAUCAAGAUUCUCACAGACAAGUUGAAGGAGGCUGAGACUCGUGCUGAGUUCGCUGAGAGAUCAGUCGCCAAGCUUGAGAAGAGCAUUGAUGACCUGGAGGACCAUCUAUACAAGCAGAUUGAGAAAAACCGCCUUCUGACCAAUGAACUGAGAGUAGCCUUAAACGAGGAUUAAACAGGAAUGGGCUUUCCUAUGCUUCCAUUCUUCUGAAACUCAAACGUCCAGGCAUAUUGUCUAAUGCUGUGAUAUAACAACGGUUGUAGACAGCCGUGUCUACGACGCAAAGCUUAAACCAAGUAAUGCUUUUAACAAAAGGGAAACAAUGUAUGAUUUUCACAUUAUGCAUGCUAAAGCUGCGGUUUCUGAUUUAGAGAUCGGACAACCUCAGACUGUGAUGUUGCAGAAUGUACUUGAUAUAUUUACUCAGUUACUAACAGGGCUGUAGCACCUGCAUGGGGUGCUGUUGCUCACGGGGUGAAGGCCAGUGGGGGACGAUUGGGAAAGGCUCCUAAAAUGCUGCAGGUGGUCAAAUAUUCCUUGUAAGACCCUUUUUUAUCUGUAGCAUUUGAGUCGGGACCCAUGUCAGUGUUUUGACCACGUAUUGCUAAUUUUGCAUUAGCAAUACAGUUGCUUUUCUUGACAGGCUGUCUCUGAUCUAACUACUUUUAUGAGUUGAAACACUCUUGAAUUCACUCGAGUCUUAAUUGUAACAAAGAAGGGAGUAUACUUUGGUGUGAAGGAUGAAUUGGUUAAUAUAAGCAGACUAGUUGUCUAUGAAGACAUGUGCGGAAACAUGUGCCUUGUGAUUAAAUGACUGCUUUCUGAAAUGGGUCACUAACUGCAGUAUAUGUCAAAAAUCAAAGGUUGGGGAGCAAUGCAAUUUAACAGUAAAACCUUUAAAGCUUUAGACAGACUGAAAGCUGUCAUACGGAAAUAUAAAGAGGCAAAAAAUGAAUUUAGGGUACUUGUGGAGGAAGAUAAUGGGACAUAAAAGGAAGGGGUUUGAAUGGAAGUCUCUAAUGUGGGGUGAAAUGGAUACUGUUUUUAUAGACCUGGAUCUGAUGUACAGGGUCUAAGGGUCUUGAUAAGCAUUUAAAACACAAAGAAAUGUCCAUUAUUUUCUCCUAAAAUCCGCUCAUGCAGUCUUGACUACAGCCCUGUCUAUAGCUAGUAAGAUAUGUACAGUGAGUUGACUCACGUUUCGAGGAUAUGUAUGUACUUAUUGAAUGCUAACUAAUUGUAAUUUUUUACAUUCAAGUUUUUUCAUAAUCGGCACAUAUCUAACACGGUUUGUUAACCCGGCUUUGUCUGUUUUUACCCCAUCUUUAUUCUGUUUGUUUUUUAUGAUUUCUAACCAAGCAAUGCU